AUGCAGUGGCUGGAGACGCCAAUGGCUGCAAAGCGUACCCGUGGCGGCACGAAUGGUUGGAAGGUGGAGUCCAGCACCACAAAGACAGACUUCUGCAGCUCUUAUGGUUCGAAGACUGGCAAUGUGUAUAAUAAGCGCGCCUCUCGUAACGAGCUACAUAAUGCUGAGUGGUGUGAGUGCGGGCCAGAGGCAAGCUGGUCAUCACCGCCUGUCCGCAUCAUCGACACGCACUGCCACCUGGAGAGUUUGGAUGGAUGUUGGGCCCUUCCACCGAGCCAAGGCUCGUGGGGAUUCGGGGGCUGGUGGCAGCGUUCCAAGUUUGAUGCCGCGGCAACUGUACAACAUGUGCUCAACAGUCAGCCUUCGGAGCUGUCGGCUGUUAUCUCGAAUUGUUGCGAUCCUUUGGAUUUUGAUUGGUAUGAAGGGUUGAUGGAAGCUUGGGACAGCGGGGAAUUCAGAGACGGCCGGCUGUACUGGUCUGUCGGGAUCCAUCCUUGUUGUGCGAAGGAUUUUCUGGUUCGGCAUGAAUCCGAGCCUGAGCUUGAGCAACGGAUGCUUGCUCUUGCCGCUCAUCCACGCUGCAUUGCUAUCGGAGAGUGUGGUUUGGACUAUUGCAAGUCUUCAGAGACACACGAAGACCAAAAACUCGUUUUCGAGCGAAUAUGUCGUCUUGCAGUGCUACUCAAAAAGGCAUUGGUGGUGCAUGCGAGGGAUUGCCCAAUCGAUGCGAUUGAGAUUCUUCGCAAGCUUGUUCCGACGGACUGGCCUAUACAUGUCCACGGUUACACUGGAGUUGCAGAAGACGCGAGGGAAUUACUCGCCACUUUCAGCGGUCUCUGUAUUGGAUUUUGUGGUGCGAUCACCAUGACUGAUUUCCAUGGGUCGUGUGGCCAGUGCGCACCGUUGUGGCAUCCUAGUUGCAAAUUUUGCGGAGGUCAGCCGGAAUGGGUUAAGCGCGAUUUUGAUGCUCUAAUAGAUGUUGUGCCACUGGAUCGCAUCCUUCUCGAAACCGAUGCACCCUACAUGCCGCCAUAUCCAUUUUUUGGAAGAUCGUGCCAGCCCUGGAUGGUGGGGGAAGUUGCCAAGCGCUUGGCUUCCAGAAAAGGCGUGACCGUCGCAACAUUGAUUGAGGGUUGCAACAGGAAUGCGCGACGAGUGUACAACACAGCUUUCGAAUAA